AUAUGCUCUAUUUGUUCAAUCAGAAGGUGUGAUUGACACAAAAUGGUGGUACGUUAACAUCUUUAGCCGCAGCUUAUGGCUGGCAUAUUUUAUAUUUAUCAUAUGCAUCGCAUGCAGCAUCUGGGGAAUAUAUCGCAUAAAGAAACUCGUGUAUAUCAACUAUGAGGAGUGCGAUGACGAGCUCGCCUCGUUGUCUUUUAAUUUUCUUCACGUCUUGUGUUUUCAAGGGUUUCAGAAAAUGCCGAGAAGUUUGUCUCUUCGAUUAAUAAUUUUGUGCUCCCUGGUGACGGGAAUGUUGAUGUCAUGCGGAUUCAGCAGCACUCUUACUUCUUGCCUAAUGAAUAAAGAAAACUCCGUUUCCCUGACUAAUCUGGAAGAC